UUGCAUCAUUAAUUGCCCUAAGCCAUCUGCCUUAUUCGAACAGGUAGUCAACUCUUGCUAUAGGUAGGAAUAAUUUGUGGCCCAUUAAAAUGUCUUGGAGGUGUCAUUGUUGAUUACAGGUGUUGGAAGUAACGAAUUGAAAUUUCAUGUACUAUGACAGCUGAACAAAGUGAAGUUUUGGUGGCAUAUUGCCUUUGAAGGUAGAUUUAGAGUGUUUUCUUGUCAUAUAUGUCACCGUAAUUGGUGUGCAUUGGAUUACAAAAUGGAGUUUCCUUUUAAUAUAAAUAGAGUGCUGUUAAAGAAAUUUGUGAAGAUCCGACAGAACCUUCUACCAGAAGGAUUUUCUGGUGAUCGUCGUAUUUCUGGGGAUUUUUCCCCCAAAAUUUCUGAUAUAUUGGAUGAAAUGGGUAGAGCAUCUGCAAUAGCUCAGGGACUGCAGAAAGCAGUUACGAGUGGUGAACGUUUGAGAAACUCUGAUCACACUGUUUAUCUGCUUAUUGAUACUGAAGGCAAAAGUGGUGAGGGUAGUGUAGUGGGCCUCUUAAAAGUUGGGAAGAAGAAACUUUUUGUAUUUGAUGCAGCUGGAGUUCAUCAUGAGGUACAACCACUUUGUGUUUUGGAUUUCUAUGUACAUGAGUCUAAACAGAGGAUGGGCUGCGGUAGAGCCUUGUACGAAUAUAUGCUUUCGGAAGAGAAAACAUCACCUCAGUAUUUGGCCAUUGAUCGACCAUCAGAGAAGUUCCUUGGCUUUCUGUACAAACAUUAUGGGCUAGAAAAGAUAUUACCACAGUCAAAUAAUUUUGUUGUUUAUGAAGGAUUUUUCAUUGCGAAAUCAGAUCAAGUGAACAAUGGCUGCAGUUUGCUCCAGUCAAGAUCAUUGAACCAUUUCAGUACAGGAACUCUGAGUAAUGCUGCUGGAUUAAGAGCUAACGAGGCUGAAGAGCAUUGUGAUGGUUUGCAACAGUUGUAUGGACGCUAUGCAGCCCACAAACCACCUUCCACUGUAGGAAAGAUCUUGCAAAAUGUUGGUAUCCAGCAACACCAACAGCAACAUGAUGGUGGCACCUCUCAUUUGGCCUUUGACAUGGAACAUGAAUCUGUCUUCGGCCCGGUUGGUGAUUGCAGCACGCAAGAGACCUGUAAGUCACCAAAAUCUUUUGUGAUAGAGCUGAAUGGUGAAGUAAACUCAGCACCCACAUCAUGCCGCCUGCAUCACAGCACAUCACCAGUUAAACAUGAUCUCAAAUUCUCACACUCCCGUUUGUGGUAACAUGUCACCGUGUACGUGGUUUUGUAAAUAUUCCUUGUAGUUUACACCUAAGGUUAAGUGGUUUUUAAAUGUGGUGUAACAUUGGUAUAAAGGUAUAUUUAAAAUAUUAAGGUGCCUUAUUUUAACUUCAUUAAUAUUAUUUCUUGUAAUAUUUAUAUAUUAAUUUAUGAAAGUAAAUAUUAUUGACUGUGUCACAUAUAAUUAUUUUCUGGAUCACGUUCUUAUAAAUUUGCUUUCCAUUAUCUAUUCAAGACUUUCUGUUACUGUCAUGUUCCGUGACUUUUUAUCUUCAUUAUCAAUGUUUUGUGUUCAAUACUACAGUGUCUGAGAAGUUAUCAUAUUCUUAUGUUGUUUGAAUUUCAAUAUUUUUAUGAUACCUAAAUGUAAUUUUUCUGACAGCAGGAUGAUGUGGCAACAGUGCUGAGUGAAGUGUGGCAUUGCUGUCUGUAGUGGUGCUGCUGGUGUAUCGUUAUCCGCUAUGGCCAAACGUCUUUAAUCGAGUAUUAAGAAGUCAGCUGGUCUGUGUGAGUCCACUCAUGAUUAGCACGGAGCUGAAUGCAUCACCAGGUCCUUUGAGAUAUGCUCCAUAGAAUUUUUGGCGUUACAGAUACGAAGGCUUUGAACACAGCAGCCCAUAACUUAUCAUUGUUUACUAUGUACUGUUUUCUAACUGAUGUAUUUAAUGUUUUGGUCAUGGUUCUGCAAGAUCGUUAGCACCACUUGUAUGGCCUCUGCACAGUCCGGACUUAACCACAUCUUACAACAGCCUUUUGGGUAUCAUAAAUGGCAAGGUAACUUUAUGUUGGUACACUGCCAAUGAGUUAUAGAUCACUAUGGUUGAAGCCUUUGUGUCUAACACUGCAGAUGAUACAGAGCAUGUCUUGAAGGAUAUGGCAAUAAUAAUUCAGGUCUGUACUACUGAUAAGAGUGCUUACACGGACCUGCUGGAUUUGUAAACGUGUACAGUCUUGUUAAUGCUCUACUAAAUGGGCUCAGGCCACAACAGGUAAUAUCAGUGACAUACUAGGAACAUCACAAGUAACAGCAUUGCCAAACUUAAUUUUGGACUAAACUCUUGUCAGUGAUUUGUACUUAGGUACCAUAAAAUGUUGCAGGUGUUAAAAUUGAAAUAUCUGAAGGGUAUGCUGACUUUUCGGUCAGUCUGUACAUGUGGAAUGCAUAGUACGCCGUGUAUAUUUGUGUGUUGUAUGUGUAUAAUCACUGCUUGGGAAUUAGAAGUAUUUGUGGAUAGAGUGCUGUGGCUGUUGGUAUGAAAUUAUUGUUAGUGGCAAAUAGAAAGUAGGGCAAUUGGGAGUUCACAGCACAUGCAGUAUGAAAUGUUAAACAUUGGUGUUAUUCACUUUUCAAUUUGUGGUGGCACUGAUUUUUAUUUCACCAGUUGGCCUGCACAUAGAGCACCCAGCACUUUUCUUGCCUGUGCAACCCUUCUGGCCUGAACAGAAUCCCUAAGUGAAACUGAAAGAUCUCUUUUAUUUAGCGUACUUGUGACAUGAGAACAAAGUGUACAAAGUACUUGCAGUUAGUCUGCAGUAAAUGAUAUUCUUAUAUAUGAGUUAUGGGAAUAAGACUUUAAUCCUCUCCUGGCUCUGUUCAUACAUACUUUAAACCCAGAUGCAUUCCAUUACCUCAUAUAAGUGUUUUAAUUUAUUUCCUAUUUAUUGUAUAUUGUUCAUUAUUUUCACAAAUUUCCUAAAAUUGACUUGCGAGGAGGACUUACCCGUAAAAUUUUUUUAUAUCUGAAACAAAUUAUACAGUGCAGUAAAGUUUGUCAUUGUCCGAGGUGUACACCGUAUGGUGUAAGGUAAAGUUAAUUUUGGUCUGCAUCAGUCGUACAGAAAACAAUAAUUUACAAAGAUGUCAAAUAAGUUUCUGAAGAACGGCUCAUAUGAAAGUUACUACAUGACUUAAAAUAAAAUGUCUUUUAUUUGAAACGUUUUUCUCUGAUUAAAAUGUAGCGCAAUAAAAGAAAAGAGAAUUCAUUCCCUAGUAUAAUGUGAUGUGAGUUAUUUAUCAGCUAUGUAACACUAGAUUUGUAUUUGUGAUAAAUGAACAUACCGGUCUCUUUACCCUUUUGGCAUCUUAAAAACACUUUGUGUAUGCUGCUCUAAGAAGGUUGGUAUACACAUCAGUUUUAUGAGAUUAACAUACAUUUAUGUAGGAUUUGAGGUUUUCACAGUG